AUAAGUGCCAUUGCCGGGGCCUUGCGGGGAGGGAAGUGCUGCAGCUCUGAGCAUGGCCGGGACGUCCCAGCGCCUCGCCUCCCUCCUGCUGCUGCUUUGGGGCUGCUUCUGCCCCCCCGUCCGCGCCGGCCUCUACUUCAGGGAAGGGCAGCACUGCUACAAGCCGGCCCCGAGGAAGCCCCCCGGGGUGAGGACCUACCCCCGCCCGCACGAGUACCUGGACAUCUCGGCGCUCCCCGAGAGCUGGGACUGGAGGAAUGUGAACGGCGUCAAUUAUGCCAGCACCACUCGGAACCAGCACAUCCCCCAGUACUGCGGGUCCUGCUGGGCCCACGGCAGCACCAGCGCCUUGGCAGAUCGAAUCAACAUAAAGAGAAAAGGUGCCUGGCCUUCUGCCUACCUCUCUGUUCAGAAUGUGAUCGAUUGUGCUGACGCAGGAUCCUGUGAAGGUGGAGACCACUCAGGUGUUUGGAUGUAUGCCCACAACCAUGGCAUUCCAGAUGAGACCUGCAACAACUACCAAGCUAAGAAUCAAAAGUGUAAGAAGUUUAACCAGUGUGGAACUUGUGUCACUUUUGGGGAAUGCCAUGUGAUAAAGAACUACACUCUUUGGAAAGUUGCUGACUAUGGGUCUGUCAAUGGAAGAGAAAAAAUGAUGGCAGAAAUCUAUACUAAUGGACCUAUCAGCUGUGGCAUAAUGGCUACUGAAAAGUUGGAUGCUUACACAGGAGGACUUUAUAUGGAGCACAACAAGUCACCUGUGGUGAAUCACAUUGUAUCUGUGGCUGGCUGGGGAGUAGAAAAUGGAACAGAAUACUGGAUUGUUCGAAACUCAUGGGGUGAACCCUGGGGUGAAAGAGGGUGGCUGAGAAUUGUGACAAGUGCAUAUAAAGGUGGAAGAGGAGCAGAGUACAACCUUGCUAUUGAAGAGGACUGUGCAUAUGGAGAUGUUGUACUUCCUUGACUCUAUACUGUAGAUUUUUCUGUUUAGUUACUACUUAGUUUGGAAAACACAGCCCAGCACAACUUUCUUCUGUUUAAAGAAUACCUGUCUAAAACUCUCACAGUUCAACACCAUCUGGCAGUUUUGCAAAAUUAGCCCAGAUAGCAAGUAAAAUAAAGCAUUACAUAUACAUAAAGCAUAUAUACAUCUAUAUAUGUACAUGCUAUGUAUAUGUAUAUUUAAAAUACAGAUACAGUUUUACAUAAUUGUUUACAACUUCUUAAAAAGUAAUUUACCCAUGGAACAGUUAUCUGCCUUGAUGCACUGUAUUUAAAUCAUAUUGACUUAAUCACAGAAAUUGUGGAUGGUAAAUCUGUACAUUUUUAAAACUACAGAUUAAAGCAGACAUGCUGAGAAGGAAAAAGUAUACUCAAUAUUUGGGUUGAGAACUUAUAUUAAAUUCUCUUUAAAGGAUUCAGCAAAUAUAAUUUCACAAUGAUGCAGAUGAAAAAAACCAAAGAUAAGUCUGGACAGGAUAUAUUGCAAAACUAAAUGCCCUGUUGUUUCUGUGACCUCCUGAUAAACUGUGGUUUUGGAAGUCUCAAUGCAGUUGCUUUUAUCUAACCAGAAUUAUACAAAAGAAAUUGCUUUGAUCAAAAGUCCAGGCACUUAGUUAUUUAACUGUCUUUGCUCUAAUUCCUUGCUUUAACAUGUGAUUGGCUGUGCCAUUUUUCUCCUAAAGAGGCAAAGUACAAAUUGCCACAGCCCCAAACUCUUCACUAAUUUGAACAAAGGUAGCAAAUUACCUUCCUUAAAACUGAGCCAUUUAAGUGGUAAAUGGGUGCCAUAUCAAAUGUUACUAACUGGUAUUGUUAACUGCAUUUAAUAAACAGACUUUCUUACAUGACUGUA